AUGGUGCAGGCGGCCAACCUCACCAACACGUCCUGGUCCAGCGGAAACACUACCUCUCCUUCCCAGGGUAUCACGUCCGUUCUGUACCUAUACCCCCACAUCUCUGUCCCAACCCUGGUAGUUGGAGCCGUGAUAUUUAUAGUUGGAGUGGCAGGAAACUCGGUGGUGGUGGCUAGCGUACUCCGCUUCAGACAGCGAGGCAUCUACUUCUACUUGCUGAGCCUGUCGCUGGCAGACUUGUUGGUUCUGCUCUUCGGCCUCCCCAUGAAAAUCGCGGAGUGGUUCUUUCUGUCGGAGUGGGUGCUGGGGACCGCCAUGUGCAAGAUCCUGGCGUAUCUACAACUGCUGUCCUUCACUGCGUCUGUCAUGACAUUAACGGCCACUGCAAUCGAACGGAAAUUUGUGAUCUUGAACCCUGUGAAGGCCCGUACCCAGCAGGUCAGGCGCAGGGCGUGCCGCGCGCUGCUACUCGUGUGGGGUAUAUCUCUCAUUCUCAGCUCCCCGAUCCUGUUCCCUGUGCUGCUGGGUAAAAUGCUUGAGGAAGAUCCGAAACAGACGAGACUCCACGGAUCCAGACUCGGACAAUGUCCUGUCGGCUCACGGCCGGGGAAACCCUCUCAAGGUAGGAGACGGGAUUUUCUGGUCCGAUUGUCGUCCUCAACAUGUCUGAUAGGCAAGUAG